AUGUCCUCAUUUUCAAAUGGUCCCGGGGUUAUCGUUCCGGCACCCCAGCCCUUGAAGCCAGAAGACCGUGACGCAGCGCUGAGGCUCUUUGAUAGUAUCGUCGAGCAAUUCGAACCUUCGCAGGCAACCGAGAAAGGCUUGAAACCAGUUUCUCUUAUUCGACUGAUGAAAGAGGAGGUUUCCGAUAAAGAUAGCUUUCUCAACCUCUUCUUCCCUUUCAUUAAACGACAUUUAGGUGGAGUCUCGAACGAUGCAGAGCCCUCCAUUGCUCACAUUUUAACUCGUUUGGACAAUUUCAGUACAUGGACCACCUCGGACAAAAGUGCCCUUGGUGAAAGCCUGGUCAUGUUCGCGAACUUUCUGAUCGAUAAUUUCUUAUUGCCCUUGAAAGCUUUGGCUGCGAAAACUCCUCAACCUACGCCAGCAUCUCUUUCCCGUGCUCAGAUCUCCGAAGCAGGAGUUGGUACGCCUCAGCGUAUCUCCACUUUACGACGGGACUGUCUUUUGCGUGAUCGUCAUAGAUGCGUCGUAACUCGAAAAUUCGAUAUCCGAGAAGCUGAGGAUCGAUUAGCAAAAGACGGAACCGAUCCCAAAGACGACGACGGAGGGUCAUUGUUGCCGGAGAGCGAUGCGAUGGCCUUUCUGGAGGUAGCACAUAUCAUCCCUCAUUCCUUCAUGCCACUCACCAGUAUUGAUGGGGAGCCAAAACUGCCCGAGCACAAACAAACGGCCCAUAAGAUCUUGAAUAUGUUCAAUCGCACUGCUAUUCCUCUCAUUAGUGGAACUGAUAUUGAUCGACCUAUGAAUGCGCUCACUUUGACCCAUGAUCUUCACAUGUUGUUUGGUAGAUUUGAGAUCUCGUUUGAGCAUAUUGGACCUCAGACCUACAAGAUCGACUACGUAGAACGAGAUCGCUUAUUUCGAAUUGUGAAGCUUCCUGUCACCCGAACGCUGUAUCUCACUCCAGAUAACAAUAUAGGCCCUCCAUCUGUUGAUCUUCUGAAUAUCCAUUGUGCCAUAGCGAAGAUUCUUCAUCUAAGUGCUGCGGGUGAUUUCAUUGACAAGUUUCUUAGGGACAUGGAGGAGAUGGAAGGCGGGCAGGUGAUGUCAGAUGGGACUAGUCGCAUCGACGAUUAUGUGCGUUUCAAACUCGCCGCUAGACUUGAUGGUGGCGAAGAAAUGUCUGGUUGCCAGGAGUCUGCAAGGUUUUAG